AUUCCACAGGAAACUGAAAAUCAACUGAUUUGAAGUCAAGUUACCAUCAAUUGGGCGAUCGCUUCAUCCAUUUUUGCCUCACGCGCAAAUAUUCGCUAGAGCUUGCAAGUCAAUUGGGCAGUUGUUUCUUCAGCUAGUCACUGUGACACGCCCACUAUCUGGUAUAAGAAAACUUUGGACACUGGGUACAUAGAACGCUAUGGCGUGGCGCAGCGCUCUGUCAAAGAACAUGCAGGAACUGAGAAUACUUUUGUCCCAAACCUCACCAGGGAGCCAGGGUGCGCGAGAUUUUGUCCUCUCAGCAUAUCAGGAGUUGAAGAAGGCCAACCCUAAGUUCCCAAUAUUGGUGAGGGAGAGCAGCAAUGCAGAGGCAAGGCUUCUCGCUAGAUAUGACUUUGGUGUCGAGGAAGGAGUCUCUGUGGAGGGCCUGGACAAGGCCAGCAUCUCAAAGAAGUUGGAAGAGCUUGUGAAGAAGGGCGAAAGCAUGCCACGGUCGACAGAGAGUGAGGGGAAACUCUGAUACUGGGCUUCUGAGGCGAAAAUGCCUGGAGCCACCAUUUUCGGAGGCUUGCUGGUCCCCAGACGGCUGUAUUGUGGAGGACUUGUGUCUGUUAGGCAUGGGAAAUCUGUGUCUGGGCGUGGCAACCUGCAGAUUAAUGCUGAGGAAUAUUCUUAAGUAUUGCAUCUGCUGUCGCACAAGAAGCAAUAUAAGUACUGCGACAGAUCACAGAUCCGGGAAAGAGAGGCAAUUGCCAUUUACAUUCUAGCCUCAAACUGUAAAAAGUAUACAAGGUAUC